AUGGUCAAAGCUGUCAAGGGUCCGUCGUCUCGCUCGCUCUCCGUCCAAAUCCGAUCGAGCACGGCCACUGACAUCAUCCUCCCCCCACCCGCCGACCCGUUCACUCGACCAGGCACGCUCGUCACCUGGUACGGCCUAUCUCCGAGUGCGAUCAUCUUGGCCUGACGCUCAUCUCUAUGGCUCUCUGACCCCCCAACCAGCGACCCCGCCGCACGAGAGAUCUUGCUGCAAUUGGACGACCUCGAGGCCUCGCACGGCGGUCAGCGCUUCGUCGUGCAGAAACUUGACGAGACCCACAUUCUCAUCGCGUCCGACGGUGUCGAGAGCGUGCUGCAGCAGCUCCAACUCGAACUCGAGAAGAACAACUAUGUCAGCUUGGAGCUCUAG